GAAGACGGAGCAUGGUCGUCAUCCUUGUCAUAGUGGACGAUGACGUCCUCGGCGAUUUCCUCACCGACUUGGCUGGACUGUCCGUUCUCAAUACGCAAAAUUUGCCCUUUUGGGUCGUACUCGACACGCGCCGGAAGCGCCUGGUUCCACGGAAUUUCAUUCACGUGCUGGGCCACGGUCGUCCUCCAUAUCUUCUUGCCAAGUGCUUGUUGUGGUAAGCCGUCAAAAAGCGUCCUGUUUCCGGGUCGCCAAUGAAUACCACCAUUAUCCAUUGCGAGGAUUGCGGAACGCGACCAGUGAUGAUGGUGCGCCGCUCGCCGUCUGAGGUGCGUAUUUCGUAUCGCUCGAAAGGUUCGGCAAUUACUUGCAUGAUCCAUUCCGGCCUGAUGCUGUCAUGCCGUUCCAGGGCGGUGACCCCAUGGCCGGCAACUUUUGGGAGACGCUCGAAUGCCUGACGCAACGCCUCGACAUCGUCAUCCCUGCCUGGUGGUCCGGAUCUGGAAUGUUCUCCCGGGUCGCUGUUGGUGGCGGGAUGUUCGUUUCCGUGCACUGCCUUCGGAUGAGUUUCGGGGAAAUGGCCUCUCCCCGGCUACGCCGCUGCACCGGUCAGUUCAGCAACCUGCGGCAUCACCUUGUUGGCCAGCAGCCGGGUGGAAUGCUCCCACGCGGCGUUGUUCUCCGACUGGUCGUAAACCAGCAUCAGGAGUCCGCCGAACCCGCCCACGUCGCCGUACAGCCGGUGGAUCUUCUCGGCCACGGUGUCGGGGGAGCCGAUCAGCCACAGGUGGUCCGCCAUGUACUCGAUGGUGACGGCCUCGUCGGGCACCUCGUCGUUGUGCUUGAAGACCUUCAUCAGGUCGAACUCACGGAACAGCGGCAGCAGGUAGUCGUGCCAAACGCGCCCCAGCAUGCCGUUCAGCGCCAGGUCGCGGGCUUCCUCGUCGGUGUCCGCGACAUACACGUCCCGAACCAGGCGCCAGUCGGCGCGCGACGGUGUCCGGCCGGUGCGCUGCGCCCCCUCCUCGAUGGCUUCCCAGUGGCUGCGGCAAUAAUCGUUGUUCAGGGCCAGGCUCAUGGGGAUGAAGCCGCGCUCGCCGGCGAUCAUCAGCGUGGGAGACUUGUAGCUGACGGACGCCACAGCGAUCGGCGGAUGCGGCUGCUGGUAGGGGCGCAGGAAGAACUUCAGGGUGCCGUACAUGGGCUCCGGAAUGUUCACGUUCCAGUACUUGCCCUUGUACUCGAAGGCCCGUCGUUCUCCCAGAUCUUCAGGAUGAUGUCCAGGGAUUCGCGCGUCAUGUCCCGGUGUUCGCCGUUGUUGCCGUCGACGUCGAACAGCGCCCAGUCGCUGGGCAGGCCGCUGGCGCCCACGCCGAACAGGAAGCGCCCCUGGGAGAUGUGGUCGAGGUAUGCCACUCGGUGAGCCAGCUCGGCGGGGUGGUGGAACGGCAGCAGGUGCGCGCCGGAGCCCAGCUUGAUGCGCUUCGUCUUCAUCAACGCCUGGGCGAUCAGCAGGUCGGGCGCCGGAAUGGGCUCCCAGGGCGAGGUGAAAUGUUCUCCGAUCCAGGCUUCGUCAAAGCCCAACUCGUCGCACAGGGUCAGGUAUUCCAGGUCCCACUGGUGGGCGUCGUAGAUGUUCCGUUCCGGCGGAUGCGACGGCAUCAUAAACAGUCCGUACUUCAUGGCUCCUCCCUGAACCGUCUGCGCCCGGCAACCACGCCGGCCUCAGACCCUGUUGGUUGCCGUACCAUAGCA